CGGGGUGGAGAGGAACAGCUCCAGCAAGGCGGUGUCAUACUGAAGGCAGGAAAGCAGGCGAGGACCCGUCGAGAAUGUCAAGCUCUCUGGUUGUGUGUGAAGUGGAUGACGGUCUGAAAGAAAGACUGAGAAAGUUCAGGUUCCGUAAAGAGACCAACAAUGCUGCCAUCUUGAUGAAAAUAGACAUGGAGAGACAGCUGGUCAUCCUUGAGGAGGAAUUUGAGGACAUUUCCCCAGAUGAGCUGAGAGAGGAACUUCCAGAACGGCAACCCAGAUUCAUCGUCUACAGCUACAAGUACGUCCACGCCGAUGGGAGGGUGUCCUAUCCGCUGUGUUUCAUAUUCUCUAGUCCCAUGGGGUGCAAGCCUGAGCAACAGAUGAUGUACGCAGGCAGCAAAAACCAACUGGUCCACGCGGCAGAGCUCACAAAGGUCUUCGAAAUAAGAAAUACCGAGGACUUGUCAGAGAAGUGGCUGAUCGACCAAUUGGCUUUUUUUCGCUGAAUUUGCGUCUUCCAGCAUCUUCUACCACGAGAUUCCUUUAUUUGUUGAUUACAACCAAUACAUGGCUACUUUAUCUCACUCUUGUGCAAUGUAUUACUGCUCAUGCCUGUUGUUAUUAAACGAGUAAAUGAUUCAA